AUGAAGCUAAAUCUCUUCAAGAAUAUCAAAAGAAAACCAUCCUCCAUUACUGCAAUGUCCUCCAACAACAGCACGAUAGUUCUUUUCAGAAAAGACAGAACCUUAGAGCUUGUCGAUUCCUACACCUUUGCACCAUAUUUUACCAUAGAGCUUGAAUAUGGAGUCGUUUCCAGUAAUUUUGUGGACUUUAAUGUUGUAGCAUGUGGGACGGAAUGUGGAAAGCUUGUGUUUUUCAAUACCAAAACCUUUAACUUAGUGCAUGAGGAUACUGGAGGGAUUCCUUCCAACAUUGCGGCAAACACCCAUGGACUUGAUUACCGUCAAAGCUCGUUUUAUUACUCUGUUGGAUGCAAUGUAUAUGAAAUGAAAAAUAUGGAUGCAGAUCUUGUAUAUCGGGGCUAUUCUGCUAUUACAUCUCUUCUUCUUUCUCCCGAUCAGUCGUUAGUUAUUGGAGAUGCUGAUGGAAAGAUAAAAAUUAUAAAAUCUGGGAAGAUGACAUCUGAGCUUCAGCUUUCCUCUGGUAAAAUAAAUAUGAUAUGCCACAUCACUGGAAGCACAUAUGUUUCUGUAUGCGAAGACGGGAGUUUUUCUUACUUCGAUACAGAUGUAGGCAUUGUCUUACAGACAUCUAAAGUAAGAAAUAGCUCACUUAAUGUCUGUGCAUACGUAAAUGAAAAGGUUCAUCUUUCUGGAGCAGACUCCAGGAUAAUUGCAUUUUCAAGAAAUGGAAGGAAGUUUAUAAAGUCUUAUCAAGUUGACACACACUAUGCUGAAGUUAGAAACAUCGAAGUGGACAAUGGAAGGAUACUUACCUCUGGAGAAGAUACUAUCUUAAGUAUUGUGUGGCCUGGGCCGAACAAGUAUUUUGAAAACAAAAUAUUCCACCGAUCUGUUGAACUUGGAACAUCGAAGACCAGCAGGAUGUUUUAUAUCAACAACAGAUCGUCGAUUGAUUUCUAUUCGUUUGAUAUUGAUGACAACGAUAUGGUCAAAGACAGUAAUGAAGAGAAUUGUGAAGUGUUAGAAGAUCUUAUAGAGGAUGAUAAAGAAGUAACUUUCAGGCUUUCCAGGGCCUCCGCGGGAAAUAUUGGAUAUAAAAAACAAGACUACAGAUACAAAGUUAAGAUAUGUGCAGAAGGGAAUGCCCUCUGUUCUUCUGCCCCUGAUGACUUUAGUUAUUUAGCAUAUUCUAAUUCAAUGGAAACCAGAGUUAUAAACUUCAAUUCGUCUGAAGGGAUCAAGGUUAGGAAUGGGUUUGACAAAGCUAAUAGACUGAUUGCAAAAAAAGACUUCAUUGUGCUUCAAAACCAUAAGCACGAGAUUCUUCUCAUCGAUGUUAUUACCGGUAAAGAACUCCGAAAGAUAAUUUUUGAUGAUUACAGAGAAGCAAUAUAUAUGAUAGGUGAUUUAUUAAUCUUAGGACAUUCCAAGACUAUAUACUCAAUAAGCGACACAAGUAUAUCAUCAAAGAUAGAUAUAAAGGGCAAGGUUGUUGGUGCUUGUGAGUUCGACAAGACCCAUUUCAUUGUCUUUACCAUGAUCAAAUCUUUGGAACCCAAGAAAAAAUACCUUGUGUACAAAGUCUCCCUCAACGGCAGUUAUGCAGCAGAGAGGGUGAAAUAUUUUGAGACCUAUGCUUUAAUCACAUCUGUUUCAUUGUUUAAGAACAAGAUUAUCUUUACAAACUUCAAUGCUAUUCAGAUGCUUGACAAUGAAAUGAAGGAAGAAAAAUACCCAUUAGGGGCCGUUAUAUAUGGAUGUGAUGCAAUGCAGGAUGAGGUCAUAGUAAUUCAGGAUUCAUGGAACAAUAUAAGGCUUGGACUACCGCCAAGCGUUUUCAAAGAAAAAUUUUCUAAUAAAUAA